UGCAUCACAAUGCUUGCCCCUGUAUUUUCCUUGCAUCUACUUUUCUUUAUUUAUCAAAUCAAACUCUAAUCAUUCGCUGGGUUUUUAUUGACCAACACAGGCUGUUUUCUUAAUCCAUAUCAAAAAAUAAUUCUAAGAAAUAAUUUAAAGUUAUUCAGUAUUGAUGAUUAUUGUAAUAAGUUCCUACCCUGAGAUAUGCUGCAACGUUCUCAUGCAUUACUGAGUUAGGAUUCUGAUUUUUUUCCAUUUUCACAAGAAUCUUUAUUGUAAGGUUUUGCUAAUUUGCAUUGGAACACUCAUUUUAAACUAUUUUUUAAGGCAUGUCUUCUAUUGGUUUAGUACGGAUAGCUUCAUCUAAGCUUAUUCAGUCAAAAAUUAUUCUUCAACGAUGCAAACUGAAGCAAGCUGUUCAAAUUACAUCAGCCCGCCAUGCAUCAUUUUUCACUUACCAUCCUGACAAGGCAGAGGACUUUGGAGAUUUAGGAGAACUGAAGGAGAUGAAUCUAUUCAAGGCCAUCAACAGUGCCAUGGAUAUAGCUUUAGCAACAGAUGACUCAGCAAUUUUGUUUGGUGAAGACGUUGGUUUUGGAGGAGUGUUCCGCUGCUCUGUAGGCCUUCAGGACAAGUAUGGGCGACAGCGCGUCUUCAACACACCUCUCUGUGAGCAAGGCAUUGCUGGCUUUGCUAUUGGAGUGGCAUGCGCUGGAUCCACAGCUAUUGCUGAAAUCCAAUUUGCUGAUUACAUUUAUCCGGCCUUUGAUCAGCUUGUAAAUGAGGCGGCCAAGUAUAGGUAUCGGUCUGGCAACCUGUUCAACUGUGGUAAGAUGACCGUGCGUGCACCCUGUGGGGCCGUGGGGCAUGGGGCUGUCUACCAUUCACAGUCUCCAGAGGCUUACUUUGCUCACACUCCUGGUCUCAAAGUUGUGAUUCCUCGAGGGCCAAUAAAAGCCAAAGGCUUACUGCUGUCAUGUAUCAGGGAGCCUGACCCCUGCAUAUUCUUGGAGCCUAAAGUGCUCUACCGCUCAGCUGUCGACAAGGUUCCUGAAGGAGACUACACCUUGCCUCUUGGCAAGGCCGAUAUUUUGAUUGAAGGUAACAUGUCAAGGUUCCUGAAGGUAACUGAAGGUAACAUGUCAAGGUUCCUGAAGGAGACUACACCUUGCCGCUUGGCAAGGCCGAUAUUUUGAUUGAAGGUAAGCACGUCACGCUGAUUGGCUGGGGCAGUAAUCUCUCAUUAAUUCCACCACUGCGCAGGCAAGCACGUCACGCUGAUUGGCUGGGGCAGUAAUCUCUCAUUAAUU